AUGCCUCGAGGUAUUAGCUGGAGUUACAAUGAAACAGAUGCUCUUAUCCAAAUUUGGGCUGAUGAAAAUACCCAAUAUGCACUAAAAUCCAAUAGUCGUAAUCGUUGUGUCUAUGAAGAUAUUGCCAAGCGUUUACAAAUACUUGGAAUAAAUCGAAAUGCUGAUCAAUGCCAGAUGCGAAUUAAAUUAUUAAAGAAACUGUAUCGGCAAGCAAAAGAAACAAUCAAUCGUGGUGAUAAUAAUCAACGAACAUGUCCGUUUUAUGAAGAAAUCGACACGAUUCUCGGUAAUACAUCAUUCACAGAUGAUAAUACGAUUAAUAAUGAAUACGAACAAAAUCAUGAUAAUGAAGAUGAACAACAGCAAGUAGAAAAUAAUAAUUAUUGUUCGAAUAUCACAGAAGACGACGGUGAUGAUGAUGUAAAAACAAAGACGAAUUUUUCUGAAACAAAAGAGAAUGACAACUCACAUGAAGAUGAAUCAUUAUUUGAACAAGAAGAAGAGGAUAAUGAAAGUAAUCAUCAAAUAUUACCACCAUUACCACUACAUAUGAAUAACAAACCAAAAUCAACAACAAAUACAAAUAAAUCUUCAUCAUCAUAUUACAACGAUAGUUUAGCACUAGCAAUAGAAAAGCUUAUUGAUUACAAAAAUAAGUCUGAGAAUCGAUGGUAUCAGUUUUUAAAAGAUCAAUCUGAAUUAGAGAAAAAGCGUCGAGAACAAGAUCGUCAAUAUCAGCUGCAAAUUUUACAAAUUUUAAUUCGUGCAACGACAGCACAACAAACAAAUCAAUAUCAGCAACAGCAAUCACUUCCAUUGACAACUUUUCAACAAUUAUUAACUGGUUUUGAUCCAACAACAAUUGCUGCUGUUCUAUCAACAGUUGGUAAUCAACAACAGCAACAGAAACAAAACAAACGCCCCUCAGCGUCAUCACCAACCGGCUUGAGUGAAAGUAAGAUGAAAAAACUACAUCGAAUAAAACAGGAAUUGAUAUCACCAAAUGCACAGUCUUACGAUGAUAUCGAAUGA